GGGGAGUUUGGGAGACGCUCGAACCCUAUCCCGGGGUUGGGUAGGCCACCUCGGGGAGGGUUUGUGGGUGACCCCCGGGUUCCCCGCCCGCUGAGGAGAUGGAUGAGGACGGGCUUCCUCUCAUGGGGUCAGGCAUAGACCUGACCAAGGUGCCAGCUAUUCAACAGAAAAGAACGGUGGCAUUUCUAAACCAGUUUGUGGUGCACACUGUACAGUUCCUCAACCGCUUCUCUACAGUUUGUGAGGAGAAACUGGCAGACCUUUCUCUUCGUAUCCAACAAAUUGAAACAACUCUCAAUAUUUUAGAUGCAAAGUUGUCAUCUAUCCCAGGCCUAGAUGAUGUCACAGUUGAAGGAUCUCCUGUAAGUGCCACUGGUAUCACAAACAAAUCACAUUCUGAAGCCACUUCAGAGCAAUCACAGCAGAAAAGUUUACAAGACUCUGGACCACAGGAAAGUGAAGUAACAGCAGAAAAUAUCUUAACUGUAGCCAAGGACCCAAGAUAUGCCAGAUAUCUCAAAAUGGUUCAAGUGGGUGUUCCGGUGAUGGCAAUAAGAAACAAAAUGAUAUCGGAAGGAUUAGACCCAGAUCUUCUUGAGAGGCCAGAUGCUCCAGUGCCUGACGGCGAAGGUGAAAAAAACACAGAAGAAAGUUCAGAGAGCGAAUCUUCUUUUAGUGACUGAGUUUAAUUUUGAUAACAAUUCCAUAUAGAUGUGUAGGCAUACAUUUACAUUCUAUCGGAAGAGAGCCUGAGCUCAGACGCUUUGUCAGGAAGCCAUCAGACGGCCGGAUACUCACCACCAAGCUCCCUCUGUGUUAAAAUCACCGUCAUAAUAAAGCCUUUAUAACCUGGCAGUAUGUCUUGUUGCCAAAAUAAAGGGCCCUGAACUGAAAAAUAAAA